CAUUAGCCCGCAAAAAACAUUACAAAAUAGAUUACUCCAUUCUCUCUCUCUAGAAAUAUUUGUUUCUUCUCUCUCUAUAUCUCAUUUUCUUUCACAACAAACUGAAACAAAAUUUUCUUUUGCCUCUCUGUGUAACUCUACUUUUAUAGAGAUAUAUACAUAUAACAGUGGUUACUGUUGGGGGAGGGGGUUAUGAAAUGAAUAGAACGUGAAAUGGGAGGCGGUUUUUCGUGUUUUAGUAACCCGGCGGUGGUGAACCGGACUGAACCGGAGGUAAUAUUCACGGGCAGCGAACCGCUCGAUGAAACCCUAGGUCAUUCCUUCUGCUAUGUUAGGUCAUCCGCCCGGUUUGGUCUCUCUCCGACAAACUCAGACCGGUUCGUUUCGCCUUCUCAGUCACUCCGGUUCGAUAAUGAACCGGCUCCUUUAAGGACCGAAACCGGAUUCAGAGCGAUUUCAGGUGCGUCUGUUAGUGCAAAUACUUCCACUCCCCGAACUGUCCUCCAACUUGAUAAUAUUUACGACGAUGGUACUGGUAGUGUUGUGAAUGGUUUUGAAAGUACGUCUUCCUUUAGUGCUUUGCCUCUUCAACCGGUUCCUCGAACCGGUUUAAGCAACGAACCGGCUGGUCCAAUGGAAAGAGAGAGGGCUUUCUUCAUGUCCGGUCCGAUCGAGCGAGGAGCUCUAUCCGGUCCACUAGAGUCUGCCGUUCCAUUCUCAGCUCCGUUGGGUGGUGAUGGCAUUUACGUAAAAAGGAGAAAAACGAAGGGCAUUAAUGGAAUUAAAAAAGCCUUUAGACGGCCGUGGGUGGUGCCAGUGAGAAACUACUUCACAGGUAAAAAGGAAAUUAACUGUACACGUGAUUAUAAUGGAUGGCAUUUGCGUAAUAAUGUGAAUGUUGAAUGGGCAUUAGGAAAAGCAGGGGAGGAUCGUGUGCAUGUGGUUGUAUGUGAAGAACAUGGAUGGCUGUUUGUUGGAAUUUAUGAUGGGUUUAAUGGACCUGAUGCACCUGAAUUUUUGAUGAGUAAUCUGUACAAAGCAAUGAACAAAGAAUUAGAGGGUUUGUUUUGGGAUAGUGAAGAUACUAGUAUUAGUAAUAAUAACCAGGAAAGCAAAAAUAAUGCAAAUAUAGAAAAUGAAGUGAUCAUUGAGGACUCGAACGAAGCUAAUUCGAAUCGAGUGCAUAAGGAGAUGAGUAGGGGGGAUAGGGGAGUUGAAGAAGCUGAAAAUGAGGUUAAUUUGGAUCAGAUGGAUAAAGAGUGUGAAAAGAAGGUGAUAUUUCAAUCAGAAAAUGCAAAUAUAGAAAAUGAACUGAUUGGUGAGGACUCAAACAAGCCACAUUGGAAUCGAGGACCACUUGAUGCCACGAGUAGGGGAGAUAGGGGAGUAGAAGAAGGUGAAAGUGCAGUUAAUUUGGAGCAGAUGGAUAAAGGGUCUGAAAAGAGAGUGACAUUUCAAUCAGGGGAAAUAGAGGUUAGGAGGAGGAGAUUGUGGGAACUUUUAGCAGAAGAUGAGACAGAGGAUGGUCUUGAUCUUUCGGGUUCGGAGAGAUUUGCAUUUUCAGUAGAUGAUGCAUUAAGUGUAAAUAGUGCAGGUUCAGCGGUUAAUAGGAGGUCGUUGCUGUUGUCGAAGUUGAAACAUGGUUUGUCAAUUAAUAAGCACAAAGAGAGUAACAGGUUAUUCCCAUGGAGAUUCGGAUUGCAAGCUAAAAAGAAGGUUGAAGUAGGAGAGAAUAGAGUGGAGGAAAGGAUUGAUAGAAGUGAAAGGAAGCGUAAGGUGGGUCCGGUUGAUCAUGAGUUGGUUUUGAGAGCAAUGUCAAGAGCUCUUGAAGUCACUGAACUCGCCUACUUGGAUAUGACAGAUAAAGUUCUUGAUCGGUACCCUGAGCUUGCAUUAAUGGGUUCUUGUUUGCUGGUUGCUUUGAUGAGAGAUGAAGAUGUAUAUGUUAUGAAUGUGGGAGAUAGUCGUGCUAUUGUGGCUCAGUAUGAGUCUGAGGAGGUUAGUUCUAGUUCAGAACCAAUAGUUCCAGGCAAUUGCGAGUUGGCUGUUGAGGGCAUUGCUGAAGAAUCUGUAGUUGCCGGUGAUGAGGAAAAUAAGGCGACGAAUGAGAUACCUAUUCAAGCUACGAAGCUGACUGCCUUGCAAUUGUCAACUGAUCACAGCACUAGCAUUGAAGAAGAAGUUAUUAGAAUCAAGAAUGAACACCCAGACGACAACAAUUGUAUUGUUAAUGAUAGAGUGAAAGGUCGUUUAAAGGUCACUCGCGCUUUUGGGGCGGGCUUCCUGAAAAAGCCUAAAUUGAAUGAUGCGUUGCUAGAAAUGUUUCGGAACGAGUACAUUGGGGAUGCUCCUUAUUUAUCUUGUAAACCUUCUCUGCGCCAUCAUAGACUCUGUCCUAAGGAUCAGUUUUUGGUGCUAUCCUCUGAUGGCUUGUACCAAUAUUUGAGCAAUCAAGAGGUUGUUUGUCAUGUUGAGAAUUUCAUGGAGAAAUUCCCUGAUGGGGAUCCUGCUCAGCAUCUUAUUGAGGAGCUCUUAUUCCGUGCAGCCAAGAAAGCUGGAAUGGAUUUUCAUGAACUGCUGGACAUCCCCCAGGGAGAUCGUAGGAAGUACCAUGAUGAUGUUACUGUUAUGGUGGUAUCUCUUGAGGGAAGAAUUUGGAAGUCGUCUGGGAAAUACCUCUGAGUUUUUACAAUUUCCAUGUAUAGCGGUGCUGCAAUUUUGAUCUCUUGAGGUGGGAUGUUGAGAACAGUGGUGGAAGCUGGACAGUCGAUCAAGCUCACUGCUCUGGUUAUACCCUUUACAACAGCCAAAACUGCUAGAAAUACGACAAGGCUCGUGAAAAGUAGAAAUUUCGUAGCUGGGGUUGAUCAGAACUGCUCCUAGAAAAAAAGAAAUAGGGUCUCUUCAUUUAGUUUCUUUUUAGAUUUUGCAAAUAUAUAUUUUCAUUCUUUAAGUUCUUUCUUUCUUUCUUUUUGCCCCCAUCUCAUCUACUCUUUAGAGCCAAAAUCAAGUGAUUGUGACCAGGUGGGUGGCUUAGUUACUUAGUUCGGGAUUUGCGAUCCCAGGUAAGAUCGGCUCACGGUUCAGGAUCAUGGGAUCCUUUUCUAUCAGAUAGGAAAGGUGAUAUAUCUGUAUUUUGGAGGUGGAUAUCCAUCAAUGUGGUUUACAGAGGAGAGAAUUUUUGUUGAACCCUUGUGUAAAAAGUUCUCUUACAGAAUGGGGUGAAGAGAAAGGUACAUCACAUACUUUUAUGCUGAUUGCAGUAUCAAUAUUUCCUU